AUGCCCCCCAAGAAGGCUCCUCGUGCUCCCCAGGAGAACAUCUCCUUGGGCCCCCAGAUCAGGGAGGGUGAGCUCGUCUUUGGCGUUGCCCGUAUCUUCGCCAGCUUCAACGACACCUUCGUCCACGUCACCGAUCUCAGCGGCCGUGAAACCAUCUGCCGUGUGACUGGUGGUAUGAAGGUCAAGGCCGACCGUGACGAGUCGUCCCCCUAUGCCGCCAUGUUGGCUGCUCAGGACGUCGCGGCCCGCUGCAAGGAGCUCGGCAUUACUGCCCUUCACAUCAAGAUUCGUGCCACCGGUGGCAACGGCACCAAGACCCCCGGCCCUGGCGCCCAGUCUGCUCUCCGCGCUCUUGCCCGUUCCGGCAUGAAGAUUGGCCGCAUUGAGGACGUCACCCCCACGCCGUCCGACUCGACCCGCCGCAAGGGUGGUCGCCGUGGUCGUCGUCUCUAA